AUGGAGAUGUCAUCUCAAAAGAAACUAAAGGAAGAUAUUGCCUCUUCCGAUGGAGUCCGAGCGAACCACAAGUGGAGCAGGACCUACCACCAUGGAUUCACAAAUCAUGUGAAAGUAGGAGGCAGAUCUGAAAUGGAGGAGGGACGGCCAGCAAGGACGGCGGGCGAGCGACAAUAUGAAGAGAUACAAAUUGCUUGUGACAAGGUGAAGGAAUUAGAAUACUUAAGGGAGGGUUUCAAUAUCUUUGCUGUUUUUCAGGGUACUUUAAUAGCAAGGGGACUAAUACAAUUCUGUGAAGGAGCACCUCCUGUUAAGAAUUUUAUUUCUCUGGCAGGUCCUCAGGCUGGUGUUGCAGCUAUUCCUUUUUGUGAAAAUAUCUUUGGAAUUCUAUGCCCAGUGAUCCAAGCUUGGUUCAAUGGCAUAGUUUAUACAGAAGAAGGCCAAGAUUUUGCUGCUGCUGCCACCUAUUAUAAACUCCCAAAUAAAAUUGAGGAAUAUUUGAAGUAUUCUAGAUUCCUUCCCAAGCUCAACAAUGAACGUCCAGGAGAAAGAAACUCGACUUACAAGGAGCGUUUUAGUAGCUUGCACAACUUGGUGCUUCUUGCAAAUGAGAACGAGAACGUUUUGAUUCCAAAAGAAUCUGCAUGGUUUGGAUAUUAUAAAGAUGGGAGCACUGAAGGAAUUUUACCUGCACAAGAGAUAGAUCUUUAUAAAGAGGAUUGGAUUGGGUUGAGGAGUUUGAAUGAGGUGGGAAGAGUGAGAUUUGAGCAAGUACCAGGAGCUCAUGCUGAAGCAUCUGAUGAAACUUUGAGUGAGUUUGUGGUGCCUUUCUUGGUGGACUGGAAUCAGCAGCAGCCCUCAACCAUGCCAAUGCCUUGUAAUUAGUCACAAGCAGCCUUCGAAAACCUUGUUUCUCUUCUAUGAAUGGAUGUACAUGUAAUAUAAUGUGAUGUAUUAAUGUAUUG